AUGACGAUGGGCCGUCCUGAUCACCGGACCUCGUCGAGUAUAGCAUCUUCACCACCUGCCACUGCCAGCACCGCCGCGGUUGGAACCUCGUCUCUACGCGACACCUACGGCGGCCGCCCCCGUGAGCGCAGCCAGAGCCAUCAUCAUCACGUCGAUUCCUCCUCCACUGUCUCGUUGCCCAACUCUCCGUCUCCGCCGCCGAUUCGCCCAUCCAUCCUGCAGCCGCGAGUCGCAGUCGCGUUGAACGUCAGCCCUCACUGGCACAUAUAUCUCUUCGCAUUCCGUCUUUUCUCCAUUGUCCCUGCCCUCUGGUGGGGCCUCCCGUGCGCCUUGCAACUGGUCUUGAGCAUAUUGCCCGGGCCGGAUAGAAUACUGGUUGUGCGAGGUAGCUGGGAUGGCAGACCACAGAAUAGCGACAAUGCCGUUCCUUUCGCACUCACAGAGGGCGCUUUAGCAACAACAUGGAGUUUUGCUUGCGGAUAUCUCGCCUUCUUCUUCACCGAUUGCCUCAUGUCAAGAUGGCUCAUUCACUAUACCCCGCAAGCGACCAUAGUUCGCCUGCUGACCAUCAACGUGGUCAACGCAUAUCUCACAAUGACUGUCCUAUCUUUGGCUGGCGGUUUCCGAGACCACCGGCUCAUGCUCCCCGGCUGGAUCGGCAUAGCAACUACAUUGACCGUGUGUUACCACAUCGCUCACCAGAAAAUCAACAUACGCAAGGAGACUUCAACAUCGAUCAACGUCUUUUCUAUAGCAAGCUACAUCAGCAUGGUCACGCUGCUCGUACACAUGCACUGCGUCCAUGAAGACUAUCCCACCAUGCCACUGGUCAGUCGUCUUCGAAACAUAUGGCGUGGUCUUCAUGCGAUGCUACUUCAGAUCAAAGCAGCCAUUGAACGAACGGAGCGAACGGAGCGAACGGAGCGAGCGGAUCUUUGA